ACACGUCGUUAGCACUCUGGACAGUGAGGAACUCCGGCGUGCCACCUGUUAAAGGCGCCUGUCCAGGUCAUCCUCACGACCGUCGUCGCUAUCACUGUGUGUCGAAUUCUGUCACACCUCCGGUUUUAUUCUUCUCAUCUCAGUUCAGACGGUUUCAAUAUUGACGACUCGCGAUCGAAGCCGGAAGUCAAAGUCGUCCCUCGUACACCUUCACGUCUUCCUUGAGAAGAGAAAUUUCAUCCCCGCGCGUCACACCCGCUCCUUUAUUUUCGGCAAAGAAUCGCGGAGAGAGUACUAGUCCAGGAUUCUCCCACGGGCCGGUCCUUCCACGGAGUCUUCGCAAAUUCAACAAAUAAGCGGUUUACCGUGUCAUAAUCGAAGAGUCACGUUGACUUUAAAGAAAUGAACGUUGUUAAUUUACAUUCUUCCUGCACGAUGAUACUGCUCGGCAUUCUGGCGUCUACGACGAUAAUCGGCCUCACAAGUUCCGCUCCUCUAUCAUCGUACGAAAGAAGGGAUGUGUCGAAUGACGGUCCCAAAAUUUUCCUCUUGAUGGAUGAAAGGAUACCAGAACUGGAGAACGAGAUAUUGGGCAACGAGCUCGGAUCGGACGUGACGCGCGCCAAGAGAAUCGGGUCCCUGUCGAUCGUCAACAACUUGGAUGUGCUGAGGCAGAGGGUCCUGCUGGAGCUGGCUCGUAGGAAGCAGGAGCAAGAUUUGCGGCAGAUCCAGGAAAAUCGCCGCGUUCUCGAGAAUAUCGGCAAGAGAUCGGUGCCGGAAUCGGACGCUGGCAGAAUCGCAAGAUCCGGCAAAUUGAGAAACGAUCGUGACAGGCCUGCAAUGUCCAACAGGAUCGAGUGGAUCGAAGAGGAUGAUCCGUUGCUUCGCGGAUCGCAGGACGAUCGGAUGGCCAGAGUGCAGGCUAAUGAACUACGUCUGUUGUAACCGCGUCCUCGACCUGCAAAGAAAAACUCCAGAUCCGAUAUCUUAGCUUUAUUGCUAUAUGCGACUUUUAAUCGACCAUCAUUGUUGUGAUAAGUUAUUUUAUUGGUCGUUCUUGUUUUUCGUUUAUCCGUAUUUCUCGCGUUACAAGUAGUUUACGAAUUAAUGGCAGUUGCAACAGGCGAUACAAGUGUUUGAAUUUUACAAUUAGUGUGUAACAGGUGUGAGCAAACCCAAUUGAGGAAUCGAAAUAUUUUGCGCAUAAUAUUUUCGACUUCUUUUCUAUAUAAUUCUACUAAUUUUAGCUUAUUUAUUGAGUCAGGUUGUAAUAUAUUAAUGCGUAAUUUUACAUUUGGUUUGGCAAGAAUAAAAAAUAGCGAUUGUAUUGUUCGAAGAUUACGUACGAUGACGUAUGAUAGAUUUGUGACCAUUGCGCGUAACGUUUCUCCAAACAAACGUGCAAAGAUCUGAGAGCUUUAUCUAAGAGCUUUUCUUACCGUUCCUUUCUAUAUCUUAGCUUCUUCGGACAUGGAGAAAGGUGUAACGAAGCAGUAUUAUACAUUGUGAUCUUGUCUAAGCUCUUCUAUUACGCAGAGAAUACCCCCGUUCCUUCUAGCGUAUUUAAUUGUAUCCGCAGCAUUUAUCAAUUAUUCGCAUUUGCAGAAGACAAGGCGAUAUGAAAGCGACGUGAGUUGAUUGAACUUAUAAUUUUACUUUUGCCAACUUCAAUAUAAAUGUACAAAUAUUUUAUUAUAUCGAUAGCGAUACCGCCUCUCGUAUAUACCAGCGUCGAUCGUUGGAUGCGAGAGGCACUUGGCUGCAUAUAUGUACCUGCAGUUUGCAACUCUGAACGAUAUCUAUUUUCUGCAUAGUGUGUUAAUCAAAGAAAUUGUCCACGAAUCGAUAAAGAAUUACCUAAAUCUUGUAAAAGGAUCCGGCAAUUACACAAAUAUACUAUUUAAUGUUGAAAGGAGACUAUUAUAAUACAUGAUAAGAUCGAUAAAGUACAACAGAUGUAUUCUACAUACUAAUUUAGAAAUAAUUUUACGUUAUCUUGUCCUUUUUUUUUUUUAAAUUAUAAUUUAGUUUUGAUUACUGUUAACUAUACGAUUGUUUCGUUUCUUUUUGCUGUUAUAUAUUUACUCAGUUGUUAUUUAUCGUAACAAGAGUACAAAAGCAGCGAUUAUCGAACAAAGUGUCUAAAAUAAUACACUGGAUUGAAGGUGUCGCAGAAAAUACGGCAAAAAUAAAACGUGUAUGCAUUAUUACUAUAAUUAUUUAAUAUUCGAUACGAUACGAUUAUGCCACAUAAGAAUAUUUAAAAAAAUUUAUAAUUUCAAUUUGUUUCAUCAAAAUGCGAUCUUAGGAUAUCCAAGAAAAAUGUAGUUAUUAAGUCUCUUUCAAUAUCAAUCUCUCAGUGUUAUAUAUAGAAGUUAGAAUAUAUAGAGAGACUCUUUUUUUCUUCGAAGUCUUUUUCAUUAUUAAAAAACUAAUUUAAAUAUUUGUCAAGAAACGAUUUAUGAAUACAUUGAGAUAUGUAUGUUGCACAUAUAGAUAUCGUAGCGCGAUAAAUAAUUACUUAUUUACAGAAACAUAAUUAAAUAUAUAACUUUUUUUAGAUCGCCUGCUAUUAAUUGGUUAUAAUGAGAUAUCAAAUCGAUGACAGCUAAUAGAAAUAUUAAGUUGUGUGAUACACGUAACUAAUGAUAAUAAAUUUCGUUUAAAG